GAGAGCAGGUCUGACGUUUAAACUGUUGCACAGACUCUCUGCUGUCAGUGCACCGCGGAGCUUUGUGUGAAGGACUACUUUGAUAUCUGUAUGUUUGGAAAAAUGAAGCGGAGCCACAAUUACAGCUCGUCGGACAGCGACCUGGACGACAAUAUUGAGGUGGAGAAGGAUAGUGGCGACGAAAAUGGUCAACUUGAUUCUCACGGCUCGAUGUCACCCUCCACAACCACCCAAGUUCAAGCCAGAAAAAGGCGCAGAGGGAUUAUUGAGAAACGGAGACGAGAUCGAAUCAAUAAUAGCCUUUCAGAGUUGAGAAGACUGGUGCCAAGUGCUUUUGAGAAACAGGGAUCUGCUAAAUUGGAAAAAGCUGAGAUUUUGCAAAUGACGGUGGACCAUUUGAAGAUGCUCCAUGCAUCUGGUGGCAAAGGCUACUUUGAGGCUCAUGCUCUUGCUAAGGAUUACCGCAGCCUGGGCUUCAGGGAGUGCCUGGCGGAGACGGCUCGCUACCUGAGCAUCAUCGAGGGUCGGGACAGUUCAGACCCCCUCCGUAUACGUUUGGUGACACAUCUCAGCAACUACGCCUCUCAGAGGGAGGUGCACACUGGACUGGAACACUUAGCCUGGGGGUCUGCCUACGGGUCUGCCCCUGCCCAUCUCGCCCACCCCCUCCUCCUGCAGCACCCCCAGGGCAGGACACCUGCAUCCAGAAGCAACAGUAGCCCAUCCUCUUCCUCCUCCUCUUCCUCUACAUCUUCAUCCCCUUCCACUGAGGCAUCUGGGACAUCCAGACUUAGUGUCAUGCCCCCCACAGAGACCCUCAGGGUGCCUCCCAAUGGCUCGCUGGCCCUCAGUCUGUCUGUGCCAACAUCCAAGCUUUCGACACCGCUCCUUUCAUCCCUCUCUUCGCUGUCGGCCUUCCCCCUCUCCUUCGGUGCUUUGCCUCUGGUGUCCCCGACAGCCCUCAGCGCCGUGAGCCCCUCCUCCACCCUGUCGAAGCCUUACAGGCCGUGGGGCACGGAGAUCGGGGCCUUCUGAAGCUAAGAACUGGACUGAAGGCAACAGCUGAGCUGUGCCCACCACCACAGACUAGGCAGGACAACCUGCCUCGGUUUCUAUAGCAAUAAAACACAGGGGGACAUUAAACUGAUUUUAUUUUAUUAUGUAUAAAUAAAAAGUGGAAGAGGUUGCUCUCAGUCAUUAUUCUAAAGACAACAUUUCCAAAUAAUGUUAUGUUAUUCAUUGACUAAUUUAGUGAACAUGCACUGUCUCCAGUCUGAGGACGGAUAUGAUAUGACGCAUGGGCCAUGAAUAGAUUUACUGUAAGCACAAAUGUAGAGGUGUAACUUUACAGACCAUACUGAAACUUCUACAUUUGUCGAGCCCGGAUGUCUGUAUUUAACAUAAUGUAGAGUUACUUAAUUCAGUCUGCUUCUUUAGUGGUAUGAGAACUUGUGUAAAUGAAUGUUAUAUAUGUGCCAUUGUUGGAAAACUAACCACUUGAGAACUGGAAACUCGCAUUGUUGUAUCUAUUUGUAAUAUUUUUGUACCAAUAAAUUGAGUUAAAAGUAUGAAACAUGGAUUGAAACCAAA